GUGGUCCCUGGAAGCUGAGCAGGAUACCCUGUGGCAUCUCAAAUGACACUCUAUGUUGAUGUGCGCAUAUUAAACAACUAAGGUGAGGCCCCAGUCAAUCCAGGCAACCACACCUGGGAGCAUUUCAAUGCACACAGCAAUGGGCACCUGGCACCCAUGCUGGGCUGGCCCUUCUGACCUUUUGGCUGUUUGGGAGCUGAGACACCUAGCUCACAUUUAGGUAAUAACCAUCAGACAUCUAAAUUUAGGUGCCUCUAUCUGCAAGUUGCACGCCAUCCUUAAACUGAGGUGACAGUGAUCUCACGUGUUUUGCCGUUUGUACUUGUCCAUGUAGACCAGUGAUUCCUCUCACUCCUUGGCACAGCAUGAGGGCCAUAGGCACCAUGUCUCAGGCUACCUACCAUGAGUCAGCAGCGCUUGGCUUCCUAAGUCACUUGGGAUGGUUUAUUGUUUGUUUGGGUUUUUUUAAACAUAUCCCCAUUUAUUAAUCUUUUGAAGGUACAGGGUGUGUUUGAUGACUGACUCUAAAAGAUUUCUCAGGCAUUCUAGAAAAUGUCACUGUUACUCUUCUUAUCUUUUCUUCUUUUUUCCCCCUGAUAUAAUUUGGCAUACUGCCUUCCAUGGGGUUUUUCAUAUCUGUGUAAAUGUAGGGAAGUAGUUAGCAGGCCAUAAUGUGCUCUGACAAGAUACGAAUAGACCGGCAGUGACCAGUGACCUUUGAAAGCCUCUUGGGAUGUUUUUCUAGACAGGUUGGGUUCCACUGAGCUGGUGCUAAACUCUUCUCCAUCACUCCUUUCCUCGUCUCAUUUUUCACAACUGCCUCCUUCUUGGCUGGCUCACUAAGCCUGGGACCUGCUUUAAAGCUAGGAUUAAUUUCAUGUAAAGAAACCUGACAUGUCUUUUCCUAAGAAGCCUCAGGAUUUUACACUGAAAUGAAAGCAAGAAGGACAUGAGAAACUGUCCUAGGGCUCAGCAUGGCCCACCCAGCAGUGACUGCACGGAGUGUUGCAUUUCACUCAGUGAGCCCUCACCCCUGCAGGCCCUCAUGUACUUUUAUGGGGUGUGCAAGAGAAGACUCUCUUGUAUGUGUUUUGAGGCAACUUCCACAUGUGGCAUUCAAAAGGGAGCAGCACCCAGAAACAAGACAGGUGCCCUAAAACAAAUGAACAAACAAACAAAAUUAACGUGCAGAUGAGACAACCAUGAGCAAAAAACAUGGUCGAAACUCCUCUGGUUUUGUGAAGGAGCACAACCUCCAUGACAUGGGAGGGAUUUCUAGGUUCAGGGGCUGUGCGUAGGGACCAAGUUCUUGGUGUGGAUGGGCCCUGAUGUCAAUUCCUUAAGCAGGAUAAUAAAAUAGUCCCACCGAGUAGUAUUUAAAAUAACAGAUGGAGUCACGAACAUGUUGGAGAUACUGACGGCUGUGGAUGGGAUUGCGCCUAUGCAUGUGUCAUGCCAGAGGCACAAUGUAGAGUAAGGGGGAAUUUGUCAUCACCUUCAUUCAUUAACCACUGGGGCCAGCAGUUUGGACAAAGUGACUCAGUGCUUGUGAGCAGACAGAACUGCGCCAGGAAAGGCAAACUGCCCUUUCCAGGGAAGGAGCACGUGGCUCUCACUGGCAGAGGUGGAAGGGAUAAGUGGACCAGAUGCAGCCCUGUGCCCAAAUGUAGCACCCAACAAGAACCCCGAGUAAACUGUCUCUGAAGCCAGGCUUGAAGCCACUCUCCUUCCAGGUGCUGUGGGCCCAUUUGCAUCCUACAAUCUCCUCAUCUUCUACCUUGCAAGCAGUUAUCAGGCAAGAAAGCAUGCAAAGAGACAAAAGGCUUGGAGCAGGGAGGGGGCACACUGCUAUUUAUAGCUACGGUCCCCACCCAUGGGUGCCAGGAGUGGAGCAGGGAAGCACCUUAUCAGGUGCUUGGCUGAGCAGCAUUCAAUCCUGUCCCAGGGCUGCAAAAGGCAGCGGCUCCAUCUCCACCCCGAUGCAGGGGUGAGUGCCCCGCUGACGUCAGGAAGCCUGACUUCAUUUCCUGGCACAGGGACCUUAUUUUCAUAGCCUGUGCUGCUGGAGAGGAGAGGCGGUGGAACUGGAAUAGGCGUGCUCAGCCACACCUCCCCAGCCUCCAGCUGUUAAAGCUCCCAAGGAGGGCGAGCACAGGGCUCCUGCUCGGCUGGCCCUACAGAAGACGAGGUGACCGUGUUACUGGCUUGCAGGGAACUCUCCUCUUCUAGCCAGAGACUCCCUGUUGCCUUCUCCAGCAGGACCCAGAAAGCUUUAGGGAAACAUUUCACGAGGAGUUUGUCGAAGAAGGUGAGAGGAUGACGUCUCCUCCCCAAGGCUGCGGCAACAUCAGUGAUGACUAUUACCCUCUUUGUGACAUGGAGGAGGCCUGGGGGAUUGUCCUGGAGUCACUGGCUGCAGCUGGCAUCCUCGUCACCAUUUUCCUCAUCUGCUCGCUUUUCUUUCUCAUCUGCAAAGUCCAAGACAACAGCAAGCGGCACAUGAUCUCCGUCUAUUUCUUCUUUCUCUUAGGCACGCUUGGCGUUUUUGGUCUCACUUUUGCCUUCAUCAUUAAACUCAAUGACAGGACUCGCCCCACUCGCUUCUUCCUAUUUGGAGUCAUCUUUGCUCUCUGCUUCUCAUGCCUCCUUGCCCAUGCGUGCAACCUCAACAAACUAGUGAGAGGAAGAAAGCCCUUCUCCUGGCUGGUGUUGCUGCUUCUCAUUGUUUCCUUUGCCCUGGUACAAGUUGUGAUCAAUAUUGAGUACUUAGUCACCAUGCUAGUAAACCAGAGAGACGACUUUCUGACUAUGUCUGCAGAGAAGACUAACAAGGACUUUGUCAUGCUUUUGAUCUACGUGCUCUUCUUGAUGGCUCUGACCUUCUUGGUUUCCAUGUUCACAUUCUGUGGGUCAUACAAAAGCUGGAAGAGGCAUGGGGCACACAUCUUCGUCACUGUCUUGUUCUCCAUUGCCAUUUGGGUAGUGUGGAUCACUAUGCUCACAAAAGGCAAUGCACUCUUAAACAAACCAAGCUGGGAUGAUCCUGUCGUGGCCAUUGCUCUGGUGUCCAAUGGAUGGGUCUUCCUGAUAAUGUAUAUCGUGCCUGAAAUUUGUUUCCUCACUGCCCCUCUGAAGCUGGAGGACUACCCCCCAGAAAACGACUUCUGCCAACCCAAGUUGAUAAAGCAGACAACUGGAGUGGACAACCAUGCCUACACCCAAGAUGAACUUGUGCAAGGAGGCACAAGAGACAACAGCUACUCCCCGUACUCUUCUCACUUUCCGAUGAAGACCAUCGAUCCCCAAGAUGAUUUGUCCAUCCCUCGGGCCAAGGCUCAGACAAGCCCAUACCAUGACUACACCGGUGGGAAAGGCCCCAUGUAGCAGCUCCACAGUGAGCAAAAAGAUUAAAUGCCCGUCAGCAGAGGCAUAGGGAAUGGGCCACAUGGUGACAAGUGAGUCAAUCCUGCAGAAGAGACAGAGUUAACACACACUGGCAAAAGAGAAGAGGGGUUCUCUUUUCUCCACACACCUUGUAAGCCCUUCUUAUUCCUCACACACAGCUUUCAGACACUGCUCUGGCCAUCCUGUUCCCUCUCACUCUUUUUCUCUGUGGCAUGGAGCUCAUCUCUUCUGACACAGGAACGUGCUGGGAAUUGCCUGUCUGGGACUAUUUUCAGCAGGAAUGCUGUAGGGCUAGAGCAGCAGGAAGCUGAUCAGCUGGGUCUGUGACCAUCUCUGCCACAGCCAGGACUUGCUUUGAUAGCUUGUGGGAAUGCCUGUGCCCUGUGUGUGACGGGAGAAGAGGCAGGAGCAGAAGCAUCAGCCCCACUCCUGCCCACCCAUAAACACAUCUCCAGUACUGCUGAGAACACCCUUAUCUAUCCACCAUUUCUUUUGUGCCUACUCCCAGCCUUGCCUGGCCCUCCUCCAGACAUCAGCAGAGAAGAGACAGGGAGGGCUGGGAAGAGAAUUCUUUUUUUCUUCUUCAUGUUCACUUCCAGCCCCUUCCUCAUCACCUGGGGGCCACCUAGGGUGGAGAGGGAAAAGAAAACUCUAAAGACAUGAAAACUUCUACACCUAUUUACCUUGACACAUUUUCUGAUUUGCAUUGUAGCAUCAGCCCCCCUCCUAGCUUGGGCUCCUGAACAAGCACCCCAAGGUGCCUGCCCAACCUGCAAAUCCUCCCUCCCCACCCCUGCCACCCCUGGCUGUGGAUCCCUGCAGACAAAACCUCUUCCAUGCAGCUGCUUCCAAUACCUUGGUGGCAUUUAAUCCCAUGCACCUUGGAGCUCUGCCUGCUCCAGAGUGUGUCUGUGGCAUUAACACAAACAUUUCCCAAGCAGCCAGGUUAAGGAAGGCGGAUACCCUUCUUCCAGGAGUGAGUGAACAUGAGCAUGUGUGUGUGUGUGUGUGUGCGUGCUGUGUGGACUGCACCCUGGCGAUGAGCAAUGAGUCUGCAGAGUUGAAUCAUUCUGCAGCCUGGUUUGCAUUUGGUAAAUAGCUUUCCAUGAUAUUUCAUAUAGAAAUACAUAGAGCUCUCCAAGUGGGUGUGUAUGAUACACUGGUGUCUGACACAGCUGUAUAUUUAUUUAGUACUUUGUAUGUGGAAUAUUUAAUUAAUAAAAACCCAAAGAUCCUGA